GGAUGUUAGUAUUCCCACCUCAGCCUCCUUGUGGUUACAAGGGAUGUCCUGCUUGUGUUUAUUUGUGACAUGGAAACUAUAAUUUCAGUGUGUUAAAGACUCACUGCAACUAAACAGACCAGGCGUUGGGGGUCUAUGAAAGCACAGGAAUUGCCCACAUAUAAGGGAAAAUCAGACACACUAUAAACGCCAGUCAGGGACAAAAAGAACACAUUCGGAGUCAAAUAGUGGGUUUUGAAAUGUAACAUAGAGUGUUAUUGAAGUACUGAUGCACGCAGCGCUUCCCACAGAUGUAGGAAAAGAUUCGACAAAGAUUGAUUACACCAACAAAUAGUGCCUUUACAAGAUCGUAAACGUACCUCGUACAGCGACACGGCUUCACAAAUAUAUUUUGCAUAUGAGAGUAGUUACACCAAAAAGGCUUACAGUUAUUUUCAUCCUGAAGUCCCUUAAAGAAACAUCUCAAAAUCGCCAUACUGCCACCCCGUAGUGCAUUGCUAUCCCAGGACAAGUCGCGCAUUGAUCCACUGUGCAUUUUUUUGUGGGGGUAAAUAUAAUCACGUGUUGCAGAGUCAACCAAUAGACGAUGGAGAAGCUUUGAGAAAUAAUUACCUGCCUUGAUUGUUCUAUGGGUAGAUAAAAAAGUACACAUACAGCCCAUAUAAUAAUCGGAUGCAUGUAAAACGGAGGGGAAGGAUCAUGUCGACAUCGGGUCCCAUAACUAAUUAUUAUGUGGAUUCUUUGAUAAACCAUGAAAACGAGGAUGUAUUGUCGACUCGCUUUUCCUCUGCUGGUCCGCUUUCCUCCGGACCACGUUCGACAACCCUGGUGCCGGAAUGUGGAGACUACCCUUCCUGCAGCUUUGCCCCGAAACCACCCGUCUUUACUACCACUUGGGCCCCUGUUCACUCUCAGUCGUCAGUGGUUUACCACCCAUACAGUCACCAACCUCAUUUAGGAACGGACUCGAGAUACGUGCGCUCAUGGCUGGAACCGAUUCCCGGUGCCGUAUCUUUUCCUGGCUAUGCAGCUAACAGUCGGCAUUAUGGGUUGAAGCCCGAUGCCUUUCAAGAGCAUAGAACCGGAGACUGUUUGACCACCAGCGGACGCACCUUCUCGGAUUAUCUGUACUGCUCCCCAGCAGACAUCCGAGAGAAAACGCAGCAGACCAACCCAUCGCCCGAGACAGAGAUUGUUUCUUCCGCAAAAGAAAAAGACGAGAAACCAGAAUUAGACCCGAAUAACCCAGUGGCCAAUUGGAUCCACGCGCGAUCCACGAGGAAAAAAAGAUGCCCAUACUCCAAAUAUCAAACCUUGGAACUUGAAAAAGAAUUUCUGUUUAAUAUGUAUCUUACCAGAGACCGACGCUACGAAGUUGCCAGAGUCCUUAACCUAACAGAAAGACAGGUUAAAAUCUGGUUUCAGAAUCGAAGGAUGAAGAUGAAAAAAAUGAAUAAGGAGAGAACAGACAGGAACGCUGCCCAAACGCAAGCUGAGAAAUAAAACGCUACCAGAGUGUGCAGUCUGAACAAACACCACACACCAAGAGGAACUGUGGCAGAAAAUGUCUUAUGCAGUAAACAGUUGUAUUCAUUCCUGUGAAAAGUGAAACAGACUCUUUUAGUAUAUUUGAUUGUUUAUGUCUUUGGAGCAAGAAUUUGGCGCAUAUUAAUUACAGAGGUGAAACACUGCUUGCUUAUGCUAGAGGAAACCCUUUUAGUCAUGAAGGCAUGGAAGCCUAAAAACAGGCCUAACGAAACAUGCCGGUGGAAAAGCUGCCUCGAAGGAAAAGCAAGAAAAUACUUGAACUGCCGUGUCUUUUUCAUUUAGUAAUUUAUAAAUUUCACAAGAUAAUAUCUCUUCUCGUUAUGUUUGGGUGUUUGUUUGGCAGGUGGAUGAGUGAGAUAUUUUGUACAGAAAAAUAUAAUGUCUUUCGUCCGAAUACCCCAUGUGCUAAUGUCUUAGUGGUGCUGUAGAUUUUCGAUGUACCCAGUCGUGGAUUUUGAAUAGUUUUGUUGUAAAGUUUAGUUUCCCUCUCUAAUGAUCUGUUCAAAUAUAUAUGGUCAACAUCCAAAUAUCUGACUGUUUGUGAUUAAUAUUUUGGUAGGAUUGUUAAAUCCGGCUAUAGGCCGGAUUUCAAACGGUGACCCAUGCUUUAUCUCUGGGUAGAUACCACUGGGAAAGAUUAUAAACUGAAUAUAGAAAAAGCCACCGAAGACAAACGCAUGAAGGUAAAUAGACCUAUACGGCCUAUUUAAGAGUUGAAGACAAUUAUGCAUCGUAUGGUAUCAUAUGAUAGCCUACGGUAUAGGCUACUCCUACAACUUAAAAUUAAAUCAUACUAUUUCACCUGAUUUUUUCCAAUAUCCAAUUCUCAAACAAUCCUAUGGUUCUGGAAAAUACAUACGGAAAGUUAACAGGUUAACAUAUUUAAUAGCCGAACUUUAUUUAGGCCUACAUGUUUAGGCCACAGGCUGAUCAAGCAUAAUAUACCUCCAGAAACGACGGCGCUGUAGUAGAAUAGGUCUAGUAGAAUGAAAAUUACAGAAAGGUAUACCUUUUUACCAUCGAGUUUUACUACGGUCAAUUUCAAAUUCAGAUCUGGUUUGGUGAUUAAUUGCCCCCUGUAAUUAACAAAACAAAUACGUCGUUUUAUACAAAGUAUAGGCGAUCAUGUUUGAAGCAUCAAGACUGUAUUAUCACAACUUUCAGCAGUAGGCUACAUGACACACAGAUAUCGCAGACAAUUCAAAAAAAUGUUACCUGGAUGUCAGACCGUUUCUCACUGUCUCUGUAUGGUCACAGAGCAAAAAUGAACUAUGUCAAUCAUAGUAACACAGUUUUAAAAAAAGUAAAUAAAAAGAAAACCUGGAAAAUGAUCACUACAGUGUAUAAACGUCCUUAUCCAUGCUCUGGAUAAUUAUAUCAAAUUAUCCCACGUAGGUCAGCAGAUGGGCCCAUGGUUUCUGUUUUUUUUAUAUAUAUAAAUGCUUUCUAUUAUUAUUUUACGUUUUGUCUAGUAACCAGAGCCAUAAUUCUCUGCGUCUGACGUUUGUUUCGUGACAUCGGGUGAAAUUGCCGUUUUGUAGUGGCUAACAAUACGAACAGGAUGCUGAAAUUUCAAAGACUAAUCCAGAGCAUUUCCGCAAAGGACAAAAAAAUCCUCGUUUUACAGUCUUGCGUUGUUUGUCUCAAAUGCAGACGAACAAAGCAAACCCGGCGAACUGGCUAGACGUCUGGGCUAAAUUAUUUUAUGGUUUUAAGGGACACUGAUGGUGGAUCCGUUCAAAGGAGGCUUUGGGUGCCAUUAGAUCAUGAAGCCUGCUGGCAAUAACAUGCGUUUCCCCACACCUCUGGG